AUGACUCCCACCCUCUCCCCAAUAUCAAGCCCAACCGCAACCGGCACCCCCUUCUCCCCCUCGGAAAACCCCACAGAAUGCCGCCUCCUAGGCCCCUUCGCCAUCCUAGUCCAGCUCGCCCUCGGCGGCCUGGCCCUCCUCUCCCUCGUCUACAAAAGAUGGCGCGAGCGCCCCCAGCGACCGGUCAAAAUCUGGUUUUUUGACGCCUCAAAGCAGGUCUUUGGGAGCGUGCUAGUCCACGGCGCAAACGUGUUCAUGUCUCUGCUCACGAGCGGGAGGUUCAACAUCACGACCAUUGCUCCCCCGGCAACGGUGUCCGAGGCGGCGAGGAGAGGGGUCUUGAUGCUUCUUAAACGGACAGCAACGACGACAACGACGGUAGACGAAUAUGUACCGAACCCGUGCUCUUUUUACCUUUUAAACUUGGCUAUUGAUACAACCCUCGGCAUCCCAAUUUUAAUUCUCAUCGUCAGAAUAACCACCACUUUGGUCACUUACACCCCGCUGGGCCAACCCCCGGAGUCGGUUCAGUCUGGGCACUACGGCUCGCCCCCCAACGCGUGGUGGUGGUUGAAGCAGUCGUUUAUUUACUUUUGCGGCUUGAUGGGCAUGAAACUUGUUGUUUUGGUCAUUUUUAUGAUUUUUCCCUGGAUCUCGGAGCUGGGGGAUUGGGCGCUCAAGUGGACCGAGGGCAACGAGAGGCUGCAGAUUGUCUUUGUCAUGAUGCUGUUCCCGCUCAUCAUGAACGCGAUGCAGUAUUAUAUCAUUGAUAGUUACAUCAAGAAGCAGGAGGGCAAAGGGGAGGUGGAGGGUAAGGGGUAUGAUGAGGUUGAUCAGGAGGAGGGGGUGGAUGGGUCGGUUGCGAGUGAGGAUAGUGAGGAUAGUGAGAGUGAAGAAGAGGAAGGGCAGAGGACGCCAAGGGCUGGGAAAGGGGCGAGGGACUUGGAGAGGGACGAGUAUGAUCCUGAUGUGGACGGGGACAGCCAGACGGUGGUGGGGAGCAGCUCGAGUCGGAUUUCGAGUCGGGGGGUGUUGACAGAGGAUUUGCUUCCCAAGGAAUGA